AUGGGUAAAGAGAAAGUAGCUAUCAUCGGUUCAGGUAACUGGGGUUCAGCAAUCGCUAAAAUCGCUGGAAAUAACGUCAAGAACCAUAAUGAUAUAUUCGACGAAUCAAAGGUACCCAUCUGGGUGUUCGAAGAGGACUACGAAGGACGUAAAUUGACUGAAAUCAUAAAUACCGAUCAUGAAAACAAGAAAUAUCUUCCAGAUGUCAAAUUACCUGAAAAUGUGGUUGCUAUUCCUGAUAUUGUAGAAGCUGUAAAAGGUGCUACCGCGCUUGUAUUCGUUAUGCCUCAUCAGUUCCUCAGUAAAACUUUAGAACAAUUAGAGGGUAAGGUUGAAAAGGGUGCCAAAGCAAUCACACUUAUCAAGGGAGUUGGAGUCGAAGGAGAGAACAUUCAUGUUUUCGCCGACGUCAUUCAAGAAAAGCUAGGUAUCUCCACAUCCGCCUUGAGUGGUGCAAAUAUCGCAAAUGAAGUCGCUAUCGAUAGAUUCUCAGAAACCACUAUCGGAUAUAGGACUGAAGAAGAUGGUAAACUCUGGCAAAAGCUUUUCCAAACUCCUAAUUUCAGAGUACAGCUCAUUGACGAUGUCGCUGGUGUGUCCCUCUGUGGUGCACUUAAGAACAUCGUGGCUGUAGCUGCUGGUUUCAUCGAUGGAUUGGAGUAUGGUAAUAAUUCGAAGGCCGCCAUCAUGCGACUUGGUCUGCUUGAGAUGAAGCAUUUCUGCAUAGAGUUCUUCGAUAAUGUUAAAGAAGAGUCCUUCUUGCAAGAAAGUGCAGGUGUAGCGGAUGUGAUCACUUCUUGCUUGGGAGGUAGGAACAGGAAAUGUGCGGAAGCAUUCGUCAAGGAAAAGAAGCCUUUUGAUCAAUUAGAGAAAGAUAUGUUGAAAGGACAAAAAUUACAAGGUAUCCACACUGCUAAAGACAUCCAUAUCUUCCUUAAAUCCAGAAAUAGAAUCGACGCAUACCCCUUGUUCGAUAAGGUAUACCAGAUAUCAUGGGAGGGUUUACCUGUUGAAAAGCUUACUGAAGGACUUUAA